GGUUUAUCACAUACACAUAAAUCAAGCCACUCGUGUUUUAAGAACAAAUUAUAUCUGGGGUCAAGGAUUAGACACAGUGGUAAUGUAUACAUUAGCGGUUAAGACAAGAGCCAUUUAAUGGCUGUCAAACUGCCUGAAGUGCGCUGUGUUAGAACAUCUGUUGAGUAGCCUUUUUCAGCCAACUGCUGGCGCACAGUGUAGGUGCGUCGUGCAUCAGACAUAAUAAUGAGACACACAAGGCGUUGGCAGAUGGAAAUACAGAAAGGGCAAACUAGGGCAACAUAGCACAGUUUGCGAUCUCGAAAUAGCCGUGUCUAACUCCGAGGCUGGUGAAAUCACACUGAACCCGAUCGGAAAUCUUGUCAGUAGUAUUUUCGUCAGUGGGAGAGGUAACCUCGGUGUAAUUGCAAGAAGUGGAUGACCCUGCAAGACGCAGGAGUGUCUGGCAGAAUGCCCUCUGAUUACCAGGAACUCGUACCAGGAAAACGCUGUUAAUCCAUCUUUUCCUCAGCAAGAAGAUUCAUCCUGCUAUCUAUUGGUGACACUAAUUACAAUCUCCCGAACCCCGGAUGCCAACCUAGCGGUUUUCUUAAUAAUUUUAUCUUAAUGUUUUUCAACCCUUAUUAAAAAAGGAUAAGCGUAUAAGAACUGAGCAACACCGACGUCACCAGUCCAGUAAUGACCAAUUCUUACCUGACGCACAGAAGAUUUAUUUGUGUAUCUGGACUGAUUUCAAAUCGUAAUCUGUUGAAUCAAUAUAACGGAAAGCUGCCGUUGCUUACAAAUGACAGUGUAACAUUUUGACUUGUAUCAGUCCAACGCUUUCUGUUUAGUUAAUCUAUCAGCGGAGUACGCAUCAAUGUGUUUCGCGAAUCUUAAACGACUCCGAGACAUAUCCGCGUGCUCAUCCGUAUUGAACAGCUAGACAAAUAGAUGGCCAAAUGGCAAUCAGCGAUAUUACGGGCGCUUCUCACUUAGGGUAAACAUCAAUACACGAGCUUAGAUUUUUGCUACUAGCUUUGGCAUGACAGCACGUACGGUUUAGGACUUUAUUCCUCCGAUUUGACACCGAGAGAAGAAAAACAUGGCCGCUUUUAGGGAGAAACUUCAAUUUCGGUCUGAGAAUUCUCUGUCGCCUCGCCGAGCAGCUAGUCGUUCACCAGUGGCGUCAGGGCUGGCUAAUAUUGGGAUGUUCGCGGUGGAAACAAGUGACUAUUACAGGAAAAGAGCGUACAGUUCUCCUGCUUCGGAUUUGGCCGCCAGGCGGGGCAUGUUCAGUAGAAAACAUUAUGGAUCAGUAGAACUACUCACCUCAAGUGAAAGUGAAGGGACCAUCCACACUGCCGCGGGAAGAUUCAGAAUUGAGACUGGGGAGUUUGAACACGAUGAGUUUCCGAGCCCGCUUGGGAGUCCUGUCCAUGUGGAAAACCCAGAAUACCAGACCAGAUGGUACUUCAAGUAUUUUCUUGGGAAAAUGCAUCAGAACUAUGUAGGUCUUGACGCAGACAAAGAACCGUUCAUUCUCUCAGUAGUGGUGACGGAUGCAAACAACCACAAUGUGCCGCAAUACAGAGCAAUACUGUGGAGGAAACAGGGCGCGCGGAAGAUUUGCCUUCCAUACGACCCUACAAAACCAAAGACUGUCAAGGGUAUUUUAGGACAUUUUGACAUGCCAAAGGUAGAAAAAGGACCCAGGGAAAUAUAUAAUGCAGAAGUGCAGAAAGAACUCCUGGUACUUGAGGAACAAGAGGGGUCUGUGAAUUUCAAGUUUGGAGUAACGUACUGUAUAGAAGGGCAGAUAUCGGACGAUGAGAUGUACGGGAAUGAAAAGGGCAGCUCCUCUUUUGACAAGUUCAUCCAUCUUCUAGGAGAUAGAAUAAAACUUAAAGGCUGGGAUCGCUUCAAAGGAGGACUGGAUGUGAAAAGUAAUAGCACAGGUGAUGAUUCCGUCUAUACCGUGUACGAGGGACACGAAAUAAUGUUCCACGUCUCCUCUCUGUUACCAUACUCCACGGACAAUAAACAACAGGUGGAGAGAAAGCGACAUAUAGGCAAUGACAUAGUCAAUAUAAUCUACGUGGAAAUGAAUUCAGACCAGCAACCGUCAUUUAGGCCUUCUAUGAUGAAGACACACUUCACUCAUAUAUACGCAUUGGUAGUUUAUGAGAAGGAUACAGAUAAAUACAGGUUAAACGUGUAUUCCGCCGAAAGCGUCCCGUUAUUUGGCCCUCCUCUACCCACGCCCGCCGUUUUUGCCGACCACGCAGAAUUCAGGGACUUUUUGCUAGUGAAAUGUAUAAAUGGAGAAAAGGCCGCCCUAUGUACGCCGGUGUUCGCCCAGAAGAGAGUGCGUACCCUGGACAUGUUGAUCAGAAAUACCUACGACAAUCACAUGGUGGAGGUCAACAAGAACACGAUGUUGAACCGCAGAGCAUUCAGUGACGUCAUACCGGAUUACCAGCAUGGGUCACGGCGGAAAGAAGAGGCGCGGAAAUUGGAGUUCGUUCGUGUUGGUCAGGCCCUAAAACUAAAUAUUAUACUGAAGGGGGACGCCCCCACCAGCCUCAUCACCACCGGGAUGUUGAAAAGAGAGCCAUGGGAGCCGCAGUGUUUUUACCACAGCUUUCCAAAUGAGAUCAUAUGUGGGGAUUCGUGGGGUGACAAACUCAUCAUUGUAACGGAAGUGGGAACAAUGGUUAUUGAAGAGGGCUGUAUUCCAAGGCUUAUAUUUGAUCGAACGGUCAGCAUUAAGCAAAUUGAUGUCGUAGAGCCUCAUGGGUUAAUCAUUUUCCGGCCAGAGAAAGGAAAAGAUUCCAAGAUACACGUCUUUCGCCUAGCAGACUUUGAAGGUCGAACCAACAGUAUUGUCAGAACCAAACUCGAUUCACGAGAUCACAAAAUUGAGAGAUCAAAAGGGUGCCAUCUGUACGCCUUAAGCCGGCCUGGGGGCAGUCAUCUCCGGAUGGUUAUAGCCAUAGGCAAGCGUCUGUUGGUGAUGUCAUGGAAGCAUUCCGCCGCCUGGUCUGCAUGGUGUGUGAGCAAUGAUACGGAGACCGUGGACGGAUUUCAGUUUCUCAGGGAAUUGCAGUCAUACGAGACGCCGGAACUUAUCACGUUGAUAGACGGACCUAGGGGAGACAACCAGAUAUGUGUUGGUUACAAGCAUCAAUAUGAUCUCAUCAAUGAAAAAAAUGGUGACACACUGCAUUUGCAUCAUGUGGACGCAAGCAAGGUGAAACUCGUGUCAGCAAUAGACAUAUAUGAGGAUUCCGAGGCAGAGCUUCUGCUCUGUUACAAUCAUGUCUGUCAUUUUCAAAAGCUGACGGAGGAUAACUCCAAUGAGUUUGAUUUUCUGUGGAAUUCUCAGCCGUGCUCAAUAGUAUGUGCAUUCCCAUACAUUCUGGCCCUCACCCCAGACACAAUGGAGAUCCGUCUCAUUAUCAAUGGCAGUCUAGUUCAGACGGUCACGUACCCAAGACUAGGACUGAUUACUUCUAAAUGUGAUAUUUACUUUGCCUCGACAGCAAUGGGCUAUCAUUCCUCUGAUAAAUGCAAGGAAAAGGAGAGCGACAACAAUACCCCGCCAGUUUCCCCGGGAAUAGGUCGCGUGUACAACAUCUUUAAGAUACCUAUCACCUCAUUGGUGGGGAACCUGGCACCUCAAGAUUGUACUACGCCCUCUCCCAAUCCCACGCCGCCUCUCUUAGCUCCCGUCGUCCCAACAGAAGAUGACCAGCCGCCUGUGCAUCCCAGAAGUCCAAGAAUUAAGAGGAGCCCGCUCUUGAGAACACGGAGGCUGGAUUCGUUAUCACAGAUGCACGUGCUAGAUCCCAAAGAACGGCAUUACUCCUCUGGGUCAGAUUCUGGAAUUGUUUCCCAUUCCCCGCCUCCGCAUAGCCCGAUGAAGGUCUCAAUAUCAGUAGACUCAGAAGAUAGUGAGUUUGUAUGACCCUAGACAACAUCCUGACAGCCUUAACCAUGACGUGCAAUCAAUACGAGCUGUUGUUGAAGCCACAUUUUGGUGCAUGAAUAUGCACGGACAUGCUCACUCAUUGAAGAACAAGCCGAAGAAAGAUCCCUCUCUUCAGAAAUUAAAGAAAGUUACCAGCACUAAAGAAAAAAACUUACUCGCAGCAAGAAAUCCACCUUUAUGUUUUUUUAAGAAUGCACGGUCAAACACCGAUGCCCACGCGCAAAUGCAACAAACUGCAUGAUUUUUAUGACGGACGAAGCCCCAGAUCUAAGGCACAGAACAUGCACAUUCACCAAACAAAUGCACUGUAGACCACUGUUGUUGUAGUCCAUACUCGUAUAUCACAGGAACGUUGCCUUUGUAAAAAAGACAAAUGUUUUGAAUAGCCGCUCUUUUAAGAGUGUCGGAUAUACCAAUUAAGGGGUUUGUCUGGAGCAUAUUAACAAAAAUUCCAUAUAUCAAAGGCCUGCACACAAUUAUCUGAGAAUAUACAUUUUGGAAUUAGAAUGUUUGCAUUGUGGCUAACCUGUAUUACAUAACAGCAGCCAGUCAAUCAAACGCAGAGGUAAAAUCCAACGGAAAAGAACAAACAAAAAUAAAUAAAUAGCAAUGUCCGUUUGGAAUAACAACAAGCAUCGGAGUUAGACGUGAGGUUGGUUAAGUAACGAGCAGAGGUAGAGCAUCCCAUACGUGUACAUUGAUGUAUACAAGAAUCACGAGCCACGAGGUCGCCGAGUGUGUGUCUGGUAUUGAAGACGGCACGCGUGGGAGUUUUCUUAGAUGGUGCAUCUAUUUGAUCUCACGAGUUUUUAUACGCUGCCAUAUAAGCCCCUAUGGAGUAGCUUUUGUCUGCAGUAUUCGAGGGUUUAGUUUAGCCAUUUGUAUGGUCCGUUAGAAAUUUGACAACUUCAUACUUGACAUGAAACUACAGUAUCCAAAAUUCGCAUUAUUUGUUAUUGUAUUAGAUAUCUGACAAUGCACAGUCGACGGACAUCUGGAACAUUAAUUUAACGUUUCAGUACACAAUUCUGACAGUAAUAAAGAAUAGUUUGUAACUCGAGCGCGAGAUUGGAGAAAGGCUAACUCAUUUGAUCUAUUUAUACUGCCUGACCUAGGCAACCGGAAGUGCAUAGAACAAUUCAACAUCACAUUUGGAACAAUGUAAGAUAGUUUACGUGAUUAAGGAGUGUUGGUGAGGAUUUUGGAACCAGGCUCCUACAUGUACCCAGAAGUAAGGUGGCCAUGCACUAGGUUUGCAGUUCGUCUCAAGCACUAAUGCAACGGAUGGAUAAUUUAGUAUGUCUCAAUUCUAAAUCAAUUGUAAUACGCUUCUCAUUUGCAAUAACUCACGAUUUGGGCAAGGCUGGGGACAGUGAAAUAUCAGACAGUUUUCCACUGCUAACAUUGAUGAUUGGAUUGAAAAUCCUGAGUUCUAGCUUCAUUGGACAUCUGCAACAGUAACAGCAAACGCACGGUGGAUAUUAGAGAUUCGCCAUUGGGCAUGCAAAAGCUAGAAUGCGAAAACUCAUCGACGCGCUUAGAAAAAAAAACGUCACUUGUAAGCAAUUGCGAAACGGACUGUUUCGCCCCAUUGUGGAAUAAUCUUGGUUAUACCGUAGUGAAUCAAUCAUUUGGAACGCACAGCAGCGUGUCAAGGCGCCUGUCAUUUUUUCACUUUUUAUCUAAUGGAAUAUAUAUCUUUAUCAUUCAUGCGUCUGCUUCAAGUGACGUGAUGUGUCAAUCCGCAGUAUAUGAUAUCACUGUAGUGCCAGAGUCCCAUGCCUAAUACACAUACAGUGGCAAUUUUGAAGAAGUAUCGUGGUGUCGAUUAAUUGAUACGAACGUUUUUGUACACUCUUGUUACAUGUGGUUAUUUAUUGUAAUAUUAUUUUAAACUAUUUUCUUACAUAUGGUGCUAAUGUUUUGCGGUUUUUUGCCAUCUAAUAAACAUU